AUGUUGACGGCACUGCUCCUGCUGGCAGUGCUUCAGCUAUGCCGCAGUGAGUGUAAUGGCAAGUGCGGGACAAGCAGCUACGGCUGUGCAAACAGCUCUUGUGACAGCACUGAUGGCAGCUAUGCAGUAGGCGCCACCUAUGCCGAAGGCUAUGCAGCUGCUUUCCUUCAACACCAUCACGAGCUGCUGAAACGCUCUUCGAAUGCCUCAAAGGACAAUUCUGAAGUGCUGGAUCGUUUUCUCUUUGUGAGCGGGCCAUGGGAUGAGGCCGAACUUCCAGAACCAGCGCUGCUGAAUGCCGAGUGCCGUGGAAUUCUACAUUCGAAUUGA